AUGCUUGCGCUCCGAUGCUUUGACAGCCUGCUACAGUACUCCAUUCUCCAGGUCGACAUCAUGGGUCUCACUAGUGUUGCUCAGCGCUACCUUACGGCCUUUGCGGUCUUCACCGCGGGAAGCGCUUCUACCGUCACAUUGCCCGGAUAUGGUAGCUUCGCUGGCACUACUGUUAGUCAUUAUCUGACCAAGAGGCCUUUACCAGCUACAGUCGAUGCCUGGUUUGGCAUUGACUACGCAACUCAGCCCGUGGACGAGCUCCGUUUCGCUCCAGUCGGUCCUCCAGCACCUUUCUCUGGGACGAAGAAUGCAACUCAGUAUGGUUAUUCGUGUACCCAAGACGCAUCACUGGUUCCGUAUCCUCAGAACGAGGCAUGUCUAAACUUGAACGUGUUCCGACCUCAGAAUGUCUCCUCGACUGCAAAGCUACCGGUUUUCAUCUGGAUCCACGGCGGUAGUUUUGUGUCUGGCUCGGCAAGGAGCUUUGACGGUCCGGCUUUUGUAGCGAACUCAGAGGAGCCUUUGAUAGUUGUGAACUUCAAUUACAGACUCAACUCUCUUGGAUUCCUUCCAUCCCCCACGUUCGAUCGCCUCGGGCUUUUGAAUCUUGGGUUGUUGGACCAGCAGCUGGCCUUUGAAUUUGUGCAACAGCACAUCUCAGCUUUUGGUGGUGACCCUAACCGCGUUACAAUCGGCGGCCGCUCCGCUGGUUCUCACUCCGUUGGCAUUCACCUUUUUCAUAACUACAACAAGACUGAAGGCGCAUCUCCAUUGUUCUCUCAAGCUAUCUUACAAUCUGGCAGUGUUACUGCACGCGCAUUUCCAAACGCAUCAUAUCCGCUUUACCAAAAGCAAUUUUCCCGGUAUCUCGAACUUACUGGAUGUGGCGGCGUUGCCAACGGUAUGGACAGUGAGGUUAUCAGAUGUUUGCGCGCGGCGAACAUCACUUUGAUUCAGGAAGCGAGCAGUUUGCUUUACGCUGAAUCCGAGUACAGCAUCACUUGGCCUUUUCAGCCCACUCGAGGUGGUCCUCUACUCGAAGAAGCAGGUUCCACAGCCGGUAUCAACAAGCAGUUCUUCCGCGUCCCGACUAUCACAACUAACGUUCGUGACGAGGCCAAAUACUACAGCCCAGGCGAUAUCGAGACCAACGGGGAAUUUCUGGAUUUUUUCAAGAAUCUCAUACCCCACCUCUCAGCGCAAGACGUCUCCGACUUGGAGUCCUUGUAUCCAGAUCCGACCAAUGACACCAACGGCGACUACUCUCCAUACGCCCACAGCCCUAACUCGACUCAAUACGAUCGCAUAUCUGCCGCCCUUACCGACUAUAUGUACGCUUGUGCUGGCCAAGAGACUGCAGUGCGUAUGUCAUCUGCUGGUGUGCCUGUGUACAAGAUGCUCUGGACUGUCAACAACACCUUCCCGGACUGGAAGGGCAUCCCCCAUACGGCCGACACCAAGUACACAUGGGCUGAGGGGAAUGGGACAGGUGGUGUUCAAUACCCGGAAGUUGGCAAGCAACUGAACACAUAUUUCUCCGACUUUAUUGCUCACGGCGAUCCCAACGCAGGUAACAGGACUGGCCUACCGAAGUGGCCCAGAUAUGUUGACAACAACGCUGAGGGAGUCCCCGGGCUUCAGCUGAGAUUUGAAGCGUUUGGCAACACCAGGGUAGAAGGCGAUGCUAUCAGGAGAAAACAGUGCGAAUGGUGGAGAGACGAGCAAAGGGCAGCGAGACUUGAAAAGUAG